AUGCCACAGGUAUGGGGAAACAUGAUGAGGUCCUGUGAGAUAAGGGCCAAGGAGCUAUUGGAUGCUAAUGUAAUAACACCAGCCGACCUCCAUGAAUGGCUGAAAGCCAAGAAUGGCAAUGAGGGAGCCAUAGUUGGUGUUGGUUUGCCCUGUUAUUCAUUCCUGCAGAGUCUUCUCCACUCCAUUAAAGCUGGAUCGGGUGGCAUACUGCUGUUCGAUGACUUGGAAAUUACACAUAUGAAUAGACCCCAGGACAGAUUGUUAGAUUGGUUCUUCCAACCCAUAAUGGUGUUGAAGGAACAGAUUAAGGUCUUGAAAUUGACUGAGGGUGAAGUUAGACACCUGGAAAAACUAGUUCUCCUUGGAAGCAAUACGCAGCGCAUGGAGGCUUGGGAAAAUGGAAGCUUUGCACCUCAAGACGCAGUCCGAGCUGCUCAAAUCCAAGGCAUCAGCAGAAGGAUGAUGGGGAUGACUCGAAGCAUUACAAAAUUUCCCACGUACAGAAGGAGAUUUCGCCAGAUUGUGAAGGCUUUAAUUUCACAUUACACAGAGAAGGAGUCAAAGCAGAUGGCUGCUACGGCUGCUGCUUCUUCAACAUCUACGGCGCCGGCAGGAUCUCCGUCAACCUUUGCUGCUCCACCUGCUCUGCUGGAAAUGUUGACAUUUCCGGCCGCCCGUUGA